GAAUCAUGGUGUCAUGGAAGGGGAUUUAUUUUAUACUCUUCCUGUUUUCAGGAAGCUUUUUUGGAAGUAUUUUUAUGCUGGGUCCCAUUAUUCCUUUGAUGUUUAUAAGCCUGUCAUGGUAUCACUGGAUCAGCAGCCGACUUGUGGCUACAUGGCUCAUGCUUCCUGUGGCGUUGUUGGAGACCAUGUUUGGUGUAAAAGUGGUUAUCACAGGUGAUGCGUUUGUGCCUGGAGAAAGGAGCGUCAUCAUCAUGAACCAUCGGACAAGAGUAGACUGGAUGUUCCUGUGGAAUUGUCUAAUGAGAUACAGCUACCUCAGAUUGGAGAAAAUUUGCCUCAAAUCCAGCCUCAAAAGUGUUCCUGGAUUUGAAAAUAACAAGGUUCGGAGUAAUGAUUUGCUGAGAAGAAUGGACUUCAAAAAUACGAAUAUGUCUUACAUCCAAGAACUACUGGAUUUACUUUUGUGA